UUUGACCGGAAGCAGUGUGGCUUUCUUCACGAAACUGCAAUAUUAGCAUCUUUGAAAUCACUGGGUUUUAAUAAGACACAUGGGGAUCUUCGGCAAGCGCUAGAAAAUUGUGAAAUCGACUUCUCACAAAAGCGAAUUAACUUUCCGGAGUUUAAAAGGCUAUAUCAAGAAUUUUGUAAACAGGAGGCUUCUGGGUCUGUUGAUCCGCAAACUACACGUACAACUAUCUAUCAAUAUGGCUCUCCCGUUUCUCCACAAGGUGACGACACUCUUCAUAGCGUCAGUGAGGAUGAGCAAAUUGCUUUCUGUGUGAAGACGAAACCUGUAAGGAAUAUUUCCCUUUUAAAGAAAAUGGGGACGAUCUUUACGAUAAAUGUAGCGACGGAUUUUUAUUGUGGUAUGCGUUUUUUCAAAAUUAUAAAUUGUUCUUCACCUCAAACGAUCGAUCUGCGUGCCUUACAUCGAGGAAAAAGAUUGACAACAUACCAAAUAAUGGAGAAUAUCACAUUGGCACUGAAUAGUGCACGCGCCAUUGGGUGUAACGUUGUCAACAUAGGAGCGGCGGACAUCGUUGAUGGAACUCGCCACUUGCUGUUAGGCUUGCUGUGGCAAAUUAUAAAGAUUGGUUUGCUGCGUCAAAUCAACGUCGUUGCGCAUAGCGAGUUAGUAGCCCUUCUGGACGAAGAUGAAACAAUAACAGAAUUUGCCAAGCUUGCUCCAGAACAGAUUUUAAUGAGAUGGGUCAACUAUCACCUCAAACGCGCUGAUUGUGACACAAGAAUGGAGAACUUUACUAUGGAUAUCAAGGACUGCGAAGUAUACGCUUACUUAUUGGAACAAAUAAGCCCUCCAGAAAAGAAACCCUUCCUGCACUCUUCAAAGGCCAUUCUGGACGCGGUUGAUUUGGUUCAGCGUGCCGAGAUGGUGCUGCAGAAUGCCGAGAAGCUGAACUGCCGAGUGUUCGUCCAGCCCAAAGACAUCAUCAACGGUUCCAUGAAAUUGAACCUCGCCUUCUUGGCGAACCUCUUCAACACCAAUCCGGCCCUCGACGUUCCCCCACCGCGACCACCCCCGCCUGUUGUCGAGGAGACGAGGGAGGAGAAAACCUACAGAAAUUGGAUUAACUCAAUGGGAUUACGAACGGUGGUUCACAGUCUCUAUGGCAAUCUUUUCACUGGGACUGUGAUUUUCAAGCUCUACGAUUUGAUCAAAGCAGGCACCGUCGAUUGGAUGCGUGUUAAUCAACUUUUUUCAACGGCUCCAGCGAAGGCCAAUUUUCAACAACUUGAGAACUGCAAUUACAUGGUUGAGCUGGGUCAUCGGUCUGGCUUCAGCCUGGUAGGAGUGGCCGGUUCCGACCUAAAGGAUCGAAUGGUGACGCCAAUUCUGGCCCUACUUUGGCAGUUGAUGCGGGCCUACACGCUUUCGCUGCUCGCAAGACUUGCGGAGGACACUCAAGUGGACUCAAUGGGCUACUGUAGGGCCCACUCCCCUAUUUCAAGGACACCAAUAAUCUCCGAGCGGGGGAUUAUAGAUUGGGUCAACGACCGUCUGGAGUCAGCCGACAAAACACGUCGAAUCUCUUUGUCCGCGGGAUUCUCCGAUUAUGACUUGAGGACUGGCCUUCUGAUUAUUGAUUUACUGGAAUCCAUUAGCCCAGGCUGUGUUGAUUACAGUGUCGUUAAUACUGGACAAACCCCAGAGGAGCGCCUUUCAAACGCACAGUACGCAAUUACAGUGGCAAGGCGCAUCGGUGCAAAGAUAUAUGCGGUUCCGGAGGACAUAACCGAGGUCAAACCCCGAAUGCUGAUGACUGUUUUUGCGUGUCUCAUGGCUACCGAUUUCGAAAAGAAUAGACAAUCAAGGGUGGCUUCACCAAGACCAAAAUCUUCCUCUCCGAUUAGAGUCAUUAGAGGUGACUUCGAUGAACGGCCCAAGUCCCCGCCUUCGGUAGAAGCCAAGCGCUCUGCAGUGCGAGACGUUUCACAAAUGGAAGACAGUGGUGGUUCUUAUGCCGAGGUCCCCAAAAGUGGCUACCAAAAAUUCCUUGAUGAGUCUACUCUUAACGAACGUCGCACUAAUAUGCACAAACUUGGGCCGCAACCUCCGAGUGUUAGAGUGGAAAGUCGCAUCUCAAAAAACAUUCCUCUCACUAUUGACAUCGGCAAAGUGGGGUACGCAGAGAAGGGAACCAACUACGAUCCACCUCUGAGACGAUUUUUCGGCUCACCUCCUCCACCGAGAUGCCGACACGCCGAACUCUUUUCUUCUCCUCGUCUCUAUCGCAGUGAGCUGGCGAAAUCUGCCACGGCAAUCGACCAGAUCGGCAAGGCUGGCUAUACAAAUGGCGGUGGACGUCCGCAAGAAUAUUCAGGGAUUCGAAGAGCAACGCUAAAAUGUACUCAGGACAAGGAGGUUCAGUGUGAAGCCACGUCAUUAAGAUCGCCCAUCAACGAGUCUUGGAAUCGGGAUUCCAAAAAGAGUGACAUCUUUGCUGCCUCAGUGCGAGAUGGAGGGGUGGAUAUUCAAACCGCACCAAACGGCGUCGUUAGAUACUCCAGGCUAGAUGGAGCAGCAUCACCACCGAGACGGGGCUUCGCUGCUGCUUACGGAGAGUACGCCAACAAAACAGUUCAGGCCAAUCGCCAAGUUGGGUCGAGAGUUCGUCGGGGCGGCGGGCGGGUAUUUGUUGCUGCUGACAUUCACCAAAAUCGUUAA